GCGGAAGUGCUGUCCGUCGUUUCCUCCCGCAUCCAGCUUGCGGAUUCUUGCUGUUUGAAUGACACAAUUUAAUAAUUAAAUUUUUACAUACUAAAAUUGGAUAAAAGCAGUUGAAAGGUGAGAUUUUAUGUUUCCAGAUUUAUCGUCAUGUCCUCAGACGCUGUGAAGAAGAGAAAGCCGAAGGUCAUCCGAAGCGAAGGAGGAACUCCAGAAGCCAAGCGCGGUCGAGGAGAGAGUGAUCAGGAGGUCCGUGUGUAUAAUGAGGAGGUGGAGCUGGAGGGCAGAGACCCGCAGCAGGACUACAUGCUGUAUAAGGACACGUGUGCGGCUCUGGCCAAACUCAUGGCGGAAAUCCAGGAGCUGAAAGCCGGCGGCGUGAAAGACGGAAGUGUAGAGAUCGAGGAGAGACGCAGACAGAGCAGCGUUCAUUUCAUUACCCUGAAGAAACUCAACCGGCUAGCACACAUGCGACUGAAGAAAGGCCGAGACCAGACGCAUGAGGCGAAGCAGCGAGUGGAUGUUCUUCACCUGCAGCUGCAGAAUCUGCUCUAUGAGGUCAUGCAUCUGCAGAAAGAGAUCGGAAAAUGUCUUGAGUUCAAGUCUCAGCAUGAGGAGAUUGAGCUGGUGAGUGAGGAGGAGUUCUUCCAGGAGGCUCCGGCUGAGAUCUCACGCCCUCACGUCACACGUGACGAUCAACACCAGCUCACGCUCGCACGCCUGGACUGGGAACUAGAGCAGAGGAAGAGGUUGGCGGAGCAGUAUAAGACAUCUCUGACCAGUAAAGAGAAGAUUCAGAAAGCCAUUGAGCAGAAGAGAGAAUAUCUGAGCAGCCUACAACCUGGACUGCAGAACAUCAUGCAGGCGUCUAUCCCAGUGCAGGAGUAUCUGAAGAUGCCGUUCGAGCACAUGCAGAAGCAGGCCGAGGUCGCCCGUCACCUGCCGCCGCCUCUGUAUGUGCUGUUGGUCCAGGCCGGUGCGUACGGACAGGCCUGCGACAAACAACUGUCUGUGAGCAUCAGUGGAGACGUGGAUGAGGCCAAAGCUCUGUCCAGACCCCCGGAGGACUCGCAAGAUGACGAAAGUGAUUCGGACGCAGAGGAGGAGCAACAGAACACGAAGCGCCGGCGGGCGACUGUAGGAGCUCAACUGGAUGACAAGCGUAAAGAGAUGCUGAGACGUCACCCUCUCUCGCUCUGCGUGGACCUCAAGUGUAAAGACGGCAGUGUCCUGCAUCUGUUUUUCUAUUAUCUCAUGAAUCUCAACAUUUUGACUGUGAAGACCAAAGCUUCCACCUCUAUGGAUCUGAAUGGGGCCGUCAGCGCCGGGGAGCUUCUGAACCCGGAGAGUUUGCUGAACUGUCUUUAUGCGUCUGAUCACGGCAAACAGACGCCCAACCCUUCCAACCGCUACCAGUUUGAUAAAGUCGGAAUCACUACGUUUUCGGAUUAUGUAUCAGAUCUCGGACAUCCAUACCUUUGGGUGCAGAAACUGGGCGGCCUGCAGUUCUCGUCUGAUGGUGCACAGUCGGGGCUGAGAGGAAGUGCUCUGAGCGCCAGUCACAUGGAGAGGACCAUAAAACUGCUGCGAGGAAGACUCCAGGCUCGACUGUCCUUACACAAACAGUUCAGCUCACUGGAGCACAGCAUCAUCCCGGUCUCCAGCGAAUGCCAGCAUCUGUUUCCCGCUAAAGUGAUUUCCGGUCUCACACGGUGGACUAUGAUGAGCCACCAGGAAUUCACCGAGCUGGGCUUCGUACAGCACGCAUUGAAGGCCGGUCUGGUGCAUGAGACGGAUCUGUUCUUCAUGGCAGUUGUGGAGAGAGGAACAGCACGUGUGUCGGCCGCUGUGGUGUUGAACCCCCGUUACCCUGAUGUGGCGCCCCUCUUCUCGCUCUCUCUGCUCUGGAAGGGAGAACGCAGCGGCCGCUCUGACGAUAACCUGCGGGCGGUCGAGAGUGAGGUGAACGUGUUCCAGUCCGAGUUGCAGGGGCCGCGCCCGGGCCUCCAGCUCCUGACCAAUCAGAUCCAGCGUCUGUGUGUGUGUCUGGAUGUGUAUCUGGAGACAGAGAGUCAAGUGUGUGACGGCUCAGAGGGACCUAAAGAGUUUCCUCGAGAGAAGAUGUGCUUGCGCACUGCCAGGGGUCCGAGUCGUCUGAAGCCCUUCAAGUACAAUCAUCCGCAGGGCUUCUUCAGUCACCGCUGAGUCCGGAUCUCAGGACGAACGAGACUGUUUUAGUGAUGUUAGGAGAGGCUGAAACCCUCUCUCAGUCUCUG